CGCCUCGGAAGAAAGGGAAAACCAAGAGAAAAGGCUGCUUUGGACUAGGUAUUAUAGAGCAGGGCUCAGCAUUAGAGGGGUUAACGCGCGAUUUUCAAACCGUCCCCCUGAGCGCGGCCGUUUCCAUCAGCCAAUCAUAGGCAGCCUUUGGAUAUAAAUAAGAGCCGGGAGCCGUCUUUCCAGGCCACUGGUGUUGUUCUCUGCUCUUUGUUGUGGGUCACGGGGGGUGUUCGGUAUGGCGCGUACGAAGCAGACAGCGCGUAAGUCGACGGGCGGGAAGGCGCCCCGCAAGCAGCUGGCUACCAAGGCUGCCCGCAAGAGCGCGCCGGCCACGGGCGGCGUCAAGAAGCCGCACCGCUACCGGCCCGGCACGGUGGCGCUGCGCGAGAUCCGGCGCUACCAGAAGUCGACGGAGCUGCUGAUCCGCAAGCUGCCCUUCCAGCGCCUGGUGCGCGAGAUCGCGCAGGACUUCAAGACGGACCUGCGCUUCCAGAGCUCGGCCGUCAUGGCGCUGCAGGAGGCCAGCGAGGCCUACCUGGUGGGGCUCUUCGAGGACACCAACCUGUGUGCCAUCCACGCCAAGCGCGUCACCAUCAUGCCCAAGGACAUCCAGCUGGCCCGCCGCAUCCGCGGCGAGCGCGCCUGAGGUGUCUCCUGCCCUUCUCCUUCAAACCGAAAGGCUCUUUUAAGAGCCACCACAAGGUCACUGGGAAGAGCUGUUGUCUCUGUGUUAGGACGGAGCGGGCACGGGCAGCCCAGCCCGUGCCGAGCACUGCUCAGUGCCGAGGCCGUGCCGAUUCCGGGGUCACUGGGGGGAGUGCGGGUCUGCCGCGGUGUCCGGCCCUGGCAGUCCCCGGCAGCCCGGAUGUGUUGGUGAUCGUGAGGUUCACCGUGCAAAGCAGCCGGCGCUAGGAGGGGUGUCAGGGGCUGUGCUGGGUGCAGGCGAGAGCGGUCCAUAGAGGACAGGCAGCCCCAGAAGCAGGGCGGGGGAGGAGGGCAGGGCUUUGGAGCGGCGGGCUCGCAGCGUCUUUGAUGUGCAGUCGUUAGGGCGGUACCGGCUGCUCUUGGCUGUUUCUUCUUCCCGCUCUGUCCCGCCCACCGAACGGCAGAGAGAGCGCCGCCAUUUCGGGAGCUUCCUUCCCCGUCCAGGAUGUCACGGAAGAACUGGUGCGGCGAGAGCGGCUACGGCAACCGCAGUUCCCCCCGAUGUGCCCCCGCUGUUUUUUCUGGC